AUGGCGAAACCCUACCGAAGAUCAUUUGAUGAGAUAUGCGACGAAUUAUAUUUGAAGUUUCUCGGGAGGUUUGAGCGAUCCAAGGAAGAAGAAAACAGAUUUGCCCCAACUGGAACGGCAGAGGAGGUUCUGCAGCCCGAUGUUCUGUAUCGCUUCUUCGGAAGUCUAGACUGGUCGGACACCUCAGGGGACUGUAUGACCGGAGGAGAUCUUAUCAAAAGGUUGAAAGAAAGGGAUCUCUACAACUUUCUUGCCAUUUUGAUUUUCACCACUUGCAAUAUUGAGGCCGCUCGAACAUUUACAGCCGAGCUUUUAGUCAAAGAGAUAUUUGAGGGCAACUUAUACUCUCUUCCCGCUGACCGCGCCAUUCUCAGGUCUUUAUUUGGAGAGGAUGUCACACCUGAUAAAUUUGUCGCACAGCAAGCCUGCUUUUGCCCUAUUAUCAUCCAUCAAGGGAGAGAACAAAUUGUCGAAACUCCAAAAAGGCGUCGUCUCCCCUACCUAGAGGAGGAACUACUAUCACAGGGGUCUUUUGGAAAGGUUUACAAGGUCAAGAUUGCCAAAGGGCACUUUCAGAGCCAUCGCACUGAGGCAGAGACAUCAAAUACGGCACCUUUGGAGAUUGCGCGAAAGGACUAUGUUAUCAGCAGCCAAUUUCCUUCAAACGACAAAGAACACGAGGUGCUGAAGAAAAUUCUUGCGUCUGAUCGAUCAUGCGACAAUAUCGUCGAAAAUUUCGGCAGCCUUGCAAUCGGACCGACAAUGUACAGCAUUUUUAUGCCGCUCGCUAUCUGUGACCUGAGUGCGUACAUGAUGGAGUACCACAAAGCCAAACCCAGCACAACAGGCGAGAAGGCUGCGAUAAUUCUCUCCGCUCACGGGCUAGCUCGAGGACUCCAUUUCCUGCACCAUGAGAUGAAGACACCUCUAGGGGAGGACCUGGUCUGUUAUCAUAUGGACUUGAAGCCAAGCAACAUCCUGAUAUUCCAAAACAGUGGAGGAGAACAGGUUUGGAAGAUUAGUGAUUUUGGUAUGGCUCGCGUCAAAUUAAGAGAUACUGGCGGAUCAAGGGACAAGGAGAGGGAUUUCAAUAGUUGGUUUGUUCAACGGCAGAAGCCUUCGGAGCCUACUCCUAGUCCCACUUUCAAUCCACAUGGAGAAGGCACUUAUCUAGCACCUGAAUCACUUGCCGCAAUCCGAAGCAUGAAAGCAAGCAGUGAUGUUUGGUCCCUUGGGUGUGUUAUCAGCGUGCUAUUUGUCUAUCUGGAGGAAGGUGCAGAUGGUGUGGUCCAAUAUCGAGAGGAAAGAUCGGACCAUCCUAAAGCAGAUGGAAUAGAUCGUUUCUUUCUUCGCGACAAGGGGUUUGGGCCUUUCAGCCCUCAUCCUGUUGUCGAGCAUUGGCACAGAAAGUUGGUUCUCGCAGCCAAGCAGCGUGAUCCCACAGAAGGUGCGGGCCUAGAAUAUAUGCUGAAAUUUCUUAGAAAUUCCGUCUUCCAAGAUCAAAUAAAGCGAUGCAGCGCCAGGGAGGUUGGGAACAAGCUUCGCCAGAUAUUCCAGAGCUACUCUAGCUUGCCCACGGAGACUUCAUCAACACCACCUAAUAAUAGGCUCACUCUGAUGGAAAGGGUAGUCGGUCGUCUAAGAGGCAGAAGAGAACCCAUCGACAGUGACAAAAGAACCGGCAAAUGGUCGCUCAAAACAAAUGAGCCUUUCAAAAAUUGCGAAAUAUCCAGUGACGGGUCACUUGUUGUGUUCUGGAGUGACAGGAAACUAACACUUUUCACAUCGCUUUCGCUGUCAAGUAGUACAUCUGAUGCAAAGCCACAGGCGGAAUGGUCACUGGAGCAGCCCAACUGUAUUCUGAAUAGCAUCCGACUUACAAGUCACCAUUUGCUAGCCACCACAUCUGGGGGUACCUUCCGAUGUGACAUAUUUGCUUUGAAAAAAGCAAAGUCGGUAGAUGCCAGCUUCGAUCACCGUCGGGGCUUUACAUUGCAGCAGCCGGAGAUAUCCGAUAUUGCCAUUUCGUCUGAUAGCAAAAACAUGGCUUGUAUCUUGCAUGGAAAGGAAGGGGCCCAAAAGCCGGCACUGCUAUACGUUGCACCCGUUGCGUCCGCAGAUGAAUGCACAUGGGUAGAGGAUCUCGAUUGGCCGGCGACUGAAAUUUCCGACCUAUCCUUUCCAACAGGAAAUGAUAUUUACUUUGUUGUCCGUCCAAAAGUCAGCAUUCGCAUUCAUGAAGAAAAGGCGAUUCUCGUUCAUGUAUGCCACGCAUCUAAGCGGCUAGAAACCGUCAGAAUUGAAUCAGCGGGCCUUGAUCAUAGCGGAGCCAACGUCGGGAUUUUCACCACCUUUGCCCCUAUUUAUCAACUGUUCGAUACAUGUGCCAUCAUAACUAAACAGAAUCGGCUAUACAUACAAAGCCUCGAUGAAGCAGAUAGCUCGCUCGCCAUUCAGGCUCAAAUCAAGAAUUACCGCAUACUAAAAUUGAUGACUGGAUGGAAUCAAGGCCGGAUGUUCGCGAUUGGAAGACAUGUGUCAGGUCAUACCUUGAUUCUGUUGGAGGUAAAUCUUCACCAGCCACAGGUUGGUGAUGUUUUUAUACAAGAGCUGGCUCGACUUCCGGGCCUAGCCUACGGUGACCAGUUUGUCGCGACAUUGGGCCGCAUUCAAGGGGGUAAAUACCUUCUACUGGCGGCGUUAAUGAGUGCUAACCAGCGUGCUAUUUACAAGGUACUGAUUGACUAA